AUGAGGAAGAAGAUGUGGAUAUUUCAUCACGCCGAUAGCUCAAAGUGUGUAUUUUCAGUUUGGAGUCAGUGGUGUUGGUGUUACGCAGCACUGGUGUGUUUAUUGUUCACAUUUGUCAGGACGGACGAAGCGUGCCCGUCCUCCUGCGUCUGUGCCAGAGACUCGGGGACGGUGACCUGCCGUGACGGGGAGGACACCGACGUACCGGGGGACAUCCCGGAGUGGACGUCUACCUUGAUACUCAGGGGCAGAAACGUUUCAACUUUACAGCGCGGUGCGUUCAUGAUCAACGGCACGGAGUUGGAAAUGACGACACUCUCCCUAUCCUACAACGGGAUCCAGACUAUCGAGCCGUACGCCUUUCUGGGACUCCCCCGGCUGCAUUUGCUGGAUCUGAGCCACAAUCAGCUGGAGUCUAUCUCAGCUCGGGCUUUCCACGGUUUAGUCGAGCUGCGGUCUCUUUACCUGAAUCACUCUAUUUCACCUGCGGCCACAACGCAGCUCUCCAUUGCGCUCAGCACACAAAGUUUGCGCUACCUCCACAGGCUGGAGUUGGCGGGAAAUGCCUUAAAGUCUAUACCCUUAUUAAGGCUCGAUCUAUACAAUCUCCACGCGCUGGUGCUGAUAAAUAACUCAAUAGAGAGUAUAGGGAGGGAAAACGUCACCAGUUUAUACCAGCAAAGACGCUUACGCGUAUACCUGUCUUUGAACCCGUUCAGAUGCACCUGUGAGCUCGAGGCGUUUUACUACUGGCUGAAGAACUCCUCCCAGUGUCCGGAUGCUGGAAGGAUCCUGUGCAACGAGCCAGAGACCAAAAGAGGGGUCCCUGUGGAGAAGCUCCGUGGAGAGGACGUGGAUUGUAUGAAUGAAAACCUAGAGGCGGUUUCCUACGUGUUCCUGGGGAUAGUGUUGGCUCUGAUAGGGGUGGUGUUUCUCAUGGUGCUCUAUCUCAACCGGGGAGGCAUCAAAAGGUGGCUCAACAACAUCAGAGAGGCGUGCAGGGACCAGAUGGAGGUCUACCAUUAUCGCUACGAACAGGACUCAGACCCCAGGCUGGCUAAUGUGGCUGUUUGA